AUGUUGCGUGCAAACAUAAACUACGAUGAAGUUCCUAAACAUUCUAUUCUAGAAAAAUACUAUCAGUUGAAGCAUGACAAAAAAUUGUUAGAAGAAGAAAAUGCUUCGUUGAUUCUCCAAUUGCAGUCGGCAGAAGAUCACAUCAAAGAAUGCUCAGCAAAAGAGAAUCAUCUGAGUCAGAAGCUUCACAGUUUUUCAGAAGUUAAAGGGGAAAGAGAUGAACUGUUGGAAUAUUUGGAAAAGGAAGAGAUAUCUAAAUAUGCCUUGGAAAGUUUACUAGAGGCACAAAAGCGUCGCAGUUUACAAUUAGAGGCUGAGGCGGUGAUGUUCGAAGCUAAAGAAACAAUGUUAAAUAACAAGAUAAUUAAGCUGGAGAAACAACUAACAAAAAGGGAUGAACAGAUCGCAGAUCUUAUCAAUAUAAUUCAUGAUUGUGAGAACUUAUUGAGUAGAAAUGAAGAGCAGGUAACUAAAAAGUUUCACGAAAUAUCUACGGCAACAUCUGAACUUUGUGAACUUCGUGCAAAAGUAGAGGAUAUUGAGCAUAACAUCAAUCUAAUGCAGAUAUUCAGUUCGAACUUUGAUGAAGCUGAAGAAAAUAAGCGACCUAUUCUAUCGCAUGAGGGAAUAGGAAUGCAUUCUCAGAGAACACCAACACUUUGGAGCAAUGUACCAUCAGAUGUUCGAGAACGAUUCCCAAUGACAUUCGUCAGUGGAUAUGCUUUUCCAACGAGAUCAUUUUCAGCGCCUUCUGUAUUUUUCUCGGGAAAGUAUGAAAAGAAAAGAAGUACCGUCAAGGGCAAAACGAAGCAGUUGACCGGAACUAACUGUCGUAAUGUUAAUCAAGAGAAGGAAAGUUUGGAAAAUAAUAAGCUUUUCUACAUGUCAAGUUUCGAAAAUGCAAAAUGCAUCCAGUCGUCACAAUGUAAUUGUGCAACCAAUAGCCUGAUAGACCAUACAAAACAUAGAUUAUCCAAUAUACAAAUGCGUCUAACUAUCAACCCCAAAUUAAAUUUUAUGCGGUUAUUUUUCUUCUGUCUUUUCUGUUAUUUUACGUUACCUGUGAUCAUCAAUGUAAUUAUUCGAUUCUUUGAUAUUUCUAUGUAUGACGGCUCGAUUUUAGAAUUUUGUUCAUCCAUCACGCAUCCGAUGGAAUGCGCAAGUGCAGCACACUCAGUUUUGUAUUCCAAAAUGUUUGACAUCACCUUCAGCCUUCAGUAUCCAGAUGGUUGUCCUCCUAUAUGA